CCACCCUAACCCCCCACACGGUUUAAAUCCACUUCAUCGGCGCACACCAUUUAAAACACGCCGUCCUCCUCCUCCUAUAAAAAGACACCAUCCGCUGGAGGAGACCAUCACGCCGCGGCACCAUUGCUACUUGCAGGCUAAAGCAUGCUCCGUGGGACACGGCUCAUGUAAGACAGAUUUGGGACACCCAUCCGAGUCAUCGAGUCACUCGGUGUCCGCGGAUGUGCGCGCAAGGGAGCUGCAGAAUCCGCGACUAAAAAGCUGGUCUUCGAUCGAUCCAGCAUCCGUUCCUUUCUUUUUGGUCUCCUCCUCCUCCCCCCCUCCUGCAUUGAGAAGCACAGGGGGAAGGCGCCUAGCAUCCUUGCAUCUCUCCGCGGCUGUCCUUGCACUCCGGCUCCAUCGGAGCAGAGAGGACCUCCUUCCCUCCACACUAGAGCGCCCUACAUCCGGUGUGAAAAGCAGCCCGUCGCUGAGAUUUAAAAAAACAAAAAAGGAGACAACCCACCGAUCCCCCUCCCAACAGCCGUCGCCAUGGGGAAACAGAACAGCAAGUUGCGGCCAGAGAUGCUGCAGGACCUGAGGGAGAACACCGAGUUCUCUGAUCACGAGCUGCAGGAGUGGUACAAGGGUUUCUUAAAGGACUGUCCCAGUGGAACCUUGAACGUGGAGGAGUUCAAGAAGAUCUACGCCAACUUCUUCCCCUACGGCGACGCGUCCAAGUUCGCCGAGCAUGUCUUCCGAACCUUCGACACCAACGGCGACGGCACAAUAGACUUCCGGGAGUUCAUCAUCGCCCUGAGCGUGACGUCCCGGGGCAAGCUGGAGCAGAAACUGAAAUGGGCCUUCAGCAUGUACGACCUGGACGGCAACGGAUACAUCAGCCGCGAGGAGAUGCUGGAGAUCGUACAGGCCAUCUACAAGAUGGUGUCCUCUGUGAUGAAGAUGCCAGAGGACGAGUCAACGCCCGAGAAGAGGACAGACAAGAUCUUCAGACAAAUGGACCUCAAUAAUGACGGCAAGUUAUCCCUGGAGGAGUUCAUCAAAGGUGCCAAAAGCGACCCCUCCAUCGUUCGGCUACUCCAGUGCGACCCCAGCUCGGCCUCCCAGUUCUGAACAGAAAGAAGAAAAAAAAAAACCUGCUCGCCGCCCCCCUCAGCCUCUCUGUUGCUACUACAAACAACGGUCGUUGACAGAUAAAUGCAUGAUGGUUUCUCUCAUAUCACUCGUUUUUAUGAAUAUUAUGACACUCACACGUCUGCAAAGGGAUUGGAGAUCUUGUGGUUUGAUUGAUUUAUUUUUGUAUAUUUUAGAAAUUUCCAAGGGACAUAUGCUUUGAUGAGUCGACAUAUCUCUUUCUGUCUCUCUCUGGAACAUGAGCGCCGUCUCAUCCAGAUCACACACACACACGUGUGUAUAUCAUGUAUAUAUGUAUAUUAUAGUAUAUGUCUAAUGUGUACCAUACUAUGAAGCUCACUGGUGUUUUUGUGUGCACACUCUUUGGUGUUUGCAAGGCAGUAUUAUGUAGCGGAACCCCUAGUAGGGAAGGGGAGGGGGGGUUUCUGGGGCGGCUUUUAAUGUCAUUUUGUUAUUAUUAAGACAUUUUAUAGAUUAUGACUUUCAUUGAAUUUAUUAGGAUUAUUAUAUUAUUUAUUCUUGUGCUUAUAUUAUUAGUAGUAUUAUUUAUUCCAUAGGUUGUUCAUUUUUCUUAAAAUGUUUUUGUAUGUUUUUUUUUUUUGGUUUCGUACAUGUUUUCCGCAUUCAUGCCAUUUUCCUUUGAAGUGUGGCGCUAUCUAAGCUAGUUUACAUUGACAGAGAGAGACAGCCAGAGACGCAACGAGAGUUAAGAUGCGUUUAAAAAUAUCACGCAUUUGAUAU